CUGUCCCAGGGCUGCUCUCUCCACCUGGCCCAGCGCCUGAGCCAGCUGCUGAAUUUCCAGCUGCGCAGGAUGCCCAUUCUCUCCAAGGAGUCGGCGCCAGGACUGAUCAUUGCCACUGGCUCUGUUGGCAAGAACAUGGCAAGGAAAACCAAUGUUUAUAUCUCGAGCAGUGCUGGAGCAAGGUGGAGAGAGGCACUGUCUGGACCCCACUACUACACCUGGGGUGACCAUGGUGGCAUUCUGGUGGCCAUCGCCCAAGGCACCGAGACCGACCAGCUCAAGUACAGCACAAACGAAGGGGAAACCUGGAAAGUGUUCACGUUCUCGGAGAAGCCGGUGUUUGUGUACGGGCUCCUGACCGAGCCUGGGGAGAAGAGCACCAUUUUCACCAUCUUUGGCUCCUACAAGGAGAAUGGCCACAGCUGGCUGAUCCUGCAGAUCAACACCACUGACGUGCUGGGGGUCCCUUGCACAGAGAAUGACUACAAGCUGUGGUCACCCUCGGACGAGCGAGGCAAUGAGUGUUUGCUGGGGCAUAAAACCGUUUUCAAAAGGAGGACUCCUCAUGCAACCUGCUUCAAUGGGGAAGACUUUGACAGGCCUGUCAUGGUCUCCAACUGCUCUUGUACCAGGGAGGACUUUGAAUGUGAUUUUGGCUUCAAGCUGAGCGAUGACUUAUCCUUAGAAGUUUGUGUCCCUGACCCUGAGUUUGCUGGGAAACCCUAUGACCCACCAGUCCCUUGCCCUGUUGGCUCAACCUACAGGAAGACUCGAGGCUACAGGAAGAUCUCUGGGGACACUUGCACGGGCGGAGACGUGGAGUCGCGGCUGGAGGGGGAGCUGGUGCCGUGCCCGCUGGCGGAGGAGAACGAGUUCAUCCUCUAUGCCACCCGAUACUCCAUCCACCGAUACGAUCUGGCCUCGGGCGUCAGCGAGGAGCUGCCCCUGGCCGGGCUCAGGGGGGCUGUGGCCCUGGAUUUUGACUACGAGCACAACUGCCUCUACUGGGCUGAUGUCACUCUGGACAUCAUCCAGCGUCUCUGUCUCAACGGCAGCUCUGGGCAGGAAAUAAUCAUAAGCACCGGGUUGGAAACAGUGGAAGCUUUGGCUUUUGAGCCUCUCAGCCAGCUGCUCUACUGGGUCAACGCUGGGAUUCCCAAAAUCGAGGUUGCCAAUCCAGAUGGAGACCUGAGACUGACUGUCCUCAACUCCUCGAUACUGGAGCGGCCCAGAGCCCUGGCUCUGGUUCCCCGAGAUGGGUUGAUGUUCUGGACAGACUGGGGGGACUCCAGGGCUGGCAUCUACAGGAGUGACAUGGACGGGUCCCUGGCUGGGUGCAUCGUCUCGGAGGGCGUGCGCUGGCCCAACGGCAUCUCCGUGGAUGACCACUGGAUCUACUGGACGGAGGCCUACAUGGACAGGAUCGAGAGGGUGGAUUUCAAUGGCAUGCAGAGAUCUGUGAUCCUGGACAGCCUCCCUCACCCCUAUGCCAUUGCUGUUUUUAAGAAUGAGAUCUACUGGAAUGACUGGUCACAGCUGAGUAUUUUCAGAGCAUCCAAAACCAGCGGCUCCAGGAUGGAGGUCUUGGUCGGCCGACUGAAUGGGAUCAUGGAUAUGAAAAUCUUUUACAGAGGAAAGACAACAGGGCAGAACGCCUGCAUCACCAAGCCCUGCAGCCUGCUCUGCCUGCCCAGGUCCAACAACGGCCGCAGCUGCAAGUGCCCCGAGGGGGUGGCCAGCACGAUGCUGCCCAGUGGGGAGCUCAGGUGUGACUGUCCCCACGGCUACAGCAUGAAGAACAACACCUGUGUCAAGCAAGAGAACACGUGCCUGCCCAACCAGUACAGGUGCUCCAACGGGAACUGCAUCAACAGCAUCUGGCAGUGUGACAAUGACAAUGACUGCGGGGACAUGAGCGACGAGAAGAACUGCCCAACCACCGUGUGCGACACCGAGACCCAGUUCCGCUGCCGGGGCUCGGGGACCUGCAUCCCCCUGUCCUACAAAUGUGACCUGGAGGAUGACUGUGGGGACAACAGCGACGAAAGCCACUGUGAAGCUCACCAGUGCAGGAAUGAUGAGUUCAGCUGCAGCUCAGGGAUGUGCAUCCGUCUGUCCUGGAUGUGUGAUGGGGAUAACGACUGCAGGGACUGGUCUGACGAAGCAAACUGCACUGAGAAGAAGUGCAACGGCUUCCAGUGCCCCAAUGGCACCUGCAUCCCCACCAGCAAGCACUGUGAUGGCAUCAGCGACUGCUCCGACGCCUCGGACGAGCAGCACUGCGAGCCCCUGUGCACCCGCUACAUGGAUUUUGUGUGCAAGAACCGGCAGCAGUGCCUGUUCCACUCCAUGGUGUGCGACGGCGUCGUCCAGUGCCGCGACGGCUCCGACGAGGACGCCGCCUAUGCUGGCUGCUCCCAGGACCCCGAGUUCCACCGCACCUGUGACCAGUUCAGCUUCCAGUGCCAGAAUGGGGUGUGCAUCAGCCUGGUGUGGAAGUGUGACGGGAUGGAUGACUGUGGUGACUACUCUGACGAGGCAAACUGUGAAAACCCGACAGAAGCCCCGAACUGCUCCCGGUAUUACCAGUUCCAGUGUGGGAACGGGCACUGCAUCCCCAACCGCUGGAAGUGCGACCAGGAGAACGACUGCGGGGACUGGUCUGAUGAGAGGGACUGCGAGGGCUCUCCAGUUCAUCCCAUUACCACGCUGAUCCCCCCGACGUGCCUGCCCAACCAUUUCCGCUGCAACAGCGGCGCCUGCAUCAUGAACAGCUGGGUGUGUGACGGCUACAAGGACUGCUCCGAUGGCUCUGAUGAAGAGGCCUGUCCCACCCCAAGACCCAACGCGACAGCCACGUCCCCCGCGCUGCCGGGGCGCUGCAGCCGCUUCGAGUUCGAGUGCCAGCAGCUGCACAAGUGCAUCCCCAACUGGAAGAGGUGUGAUGGAGUCAGGGACUGCCAGGACGGCACCGACGAGAGGAGCUGCCCCACUCCAAGCAGCCUGUCCUGCCCUAAUGGCUUCAGGUGUGAGGAUGGGGAGGCCUGCAUCCUGCUGCCGGAGCGCUGUGAUGGGUACCUGGACUGCUCAGACAGCAGCGAUGAGAGGAACUGCACAGAUGACACAAUCGUGUACAAGGUGCAGAACCUGCAGUGGACAGCUGAUUUCUCUGGGGAUGUCACCCUGACGUGGGCUCGGCCAAAAAGGAUGUCCUCGAGCUCCUGUGUCUACAACAUCUACUACAGGAUGGUCGGGGAGAGCAUCUGGAAGGUCCUGGAGACCCACAGCAACAAAACCAACGGCGUUCUCAAGGUCCUCAAGCCCGACUGCAGCUACCAGGUGAAGGUGCAGGUGCAGUGUCUGAGCAGGGUCUACAACACCAACGACUUCAUCACGCUGAGGGCGCCCGAAGGACUACCAGAUGCUCCCCUGAACCUGCAGCUGUCCCUGAAGAGAGAAGCUGAGGGUGUGGUGCUGGGCUGGUGGAGUCCCCCUGUGAAUGCCCAUGGCCUCAUCAGGGAAUUCAUCGUGGAAUACAGCAGCAGUGGAUCCAAGGAGUGGUCAUCCCUCAGAACCACCAAGAACUACACGGAGAUCAAGAACUUGCAGGUCAACACUCUCUACACAGUCAGAGUCGCUGCAGUAACCAGCCGAGGGGUGGGAAACUGGAGUGAAUCCAAGUCCAUCACCACGGUCAAAGGCAAAGUCAUUCCUCCCCCUGUCAUCCACAUUGAGAGCUACACUGAGGACUCCGUAAGUUUCAGCCUAAAAAUGACCACGAAUAUCAAGGUCAGUGGCUACGUGGUCAACAUCUACUGGACAUUCGAUAGCCACAGGCAGGAACAAAGGACUCUGGUUAUAGAAGGAGAAAAGUCCAUCCAAAAAGUGGCCAAUCUGACAGCUCACACCCCCUAUGAAAUUUCUGCUUGGGCUAAGACAGAGCUGGGUGACAGCCCUCUGUCCUUUGUGCACGUGGUGACCAGUGGCACAAGGCCAGUGUCCCCCAGCCUCAAGGCCAAGGCCAUCAACCAGACGGCCGUGGAAUGCAGCUGGACAGGACCCAGGAAUGUGAUCUAUGGAAUUUUCUACGCCACGUCCUUCCUGGAGCUGUACAGGAGCCCCCACAACAGCACCACCAGCGCGCACAACGCCACGGUGCUGGUGCAGCGCGACGAGCAGUACCUGUUCCUGGUGCGGGUGGUGUCUCCCUACCAAGGGCCCCCGUCCGACUCCGUGGUGGUGAAGAUGAUCCCGGAUAACCGGCUGCCGCCGCGCCACCUGCACGCCGUGCGCACCGGCAAGACGUUCGCCGUCAUCAAGUGGGAAUCGCCCUACGACUCGCCCGACCAGGACAUGCUCUAUGCCGUGGCAGUUAAAGAUUUGGUGAGGAAAACAGAUAAAAUCUACAAAGUGAAAAGCCGGAACAGCACGGUGGAGUACACCAUAAAGAAACUGGAGCCAGGAGGGAAAUACCACGUGAUUGUCCAGCUGGGAAACAUGAGCAAGGAGUCCAGCAUGAAGAUCAACACAGUCCCCCUGUCUGCACCGGACGCCUUAAAAAUCAUCACUGAAAACGACCAUAUUCUGCUUUUCUGGAAGAGUUUGGCACUGAAGGAAAGUAAUUUCAAUGAAAGCCGG